AUGACGAAAGUUGCUGUUGGCAUUAUUUUGUUGGGUAUAUCAACUAAAUAUGUUAUUGAUAACAAGAAAGAUUCGACAACAUCUGUAACUGUUCCAACGACAAAAGAUGGAAAAGAUAAUUCAAAUAUAAUAACAGCUGCAGUGCAAGCUACAUCUACACUACAUCAUGAUGAUAUCUAUGAAGAAAAAGAUAAACUACAUGUGCGUAGUUUAAGUGUAUCAUCAGAUUUAGAAACACGCAAUAGUAAUCCGUUUAUCGGUGACUUUAACAAUAAUAGUAAUAAAAAUGACAUAAAUUUAUUAUCAACAACGAACGAAAAUCUAAAUGAAACGUCAUUUCGCGAUGCUCCAGACAAUUAUGGUUGUUUAUUAACUGAUCAAUGUUGUAUACCAACGCAAACUUUCUUGAAAAAUGAAAAAUCAAAUGAGAAUAAUAGUGGUGAUCAAAUGACAAUGACCAUAUCAACAGUAAUUUCUUCAUCUUCAAAAGCCAAAACGAGCAGCGACUUAGACGAUAUAGAGAGAUUUAAAAUGUGUGGAAAUUCAAUUAUUUAA